GCGCCUCACUGUGGCUGUGCCGCUCGCCACACUUCAACCCGGCCGCCCCUCUUUUCCUGGCCCGUCCUGGAAAGCCGUGAAGGUUAACGCAACCGCGCAAGCUAUCAUUGUUGCCAACCGCGGUCUUGCCUGUUCGCUCCCAAACUGGCCAUCAGCCUGCAUACGACUCCGAUUGCCUGCAUCACCAAACGCCGCUGCCAUCUUACUCUCCCAGUCCCCGUCUCCCAUUCCCACUGUCCGCCGUCGCCUGCGCCGCUGUUUGGCCCUUCGCCCAACCGCGUCGCUCAACGCACGCGAGACCCCCCGGUCUUGUUCGAAACGUGAUUGUUGAUUCCCCUUAAAUAAUAUCAUUAUGUAUAGCGCUCCGCAUCCCGUGUCCGCUCCGAUCAAUGGCAUUGCUGGCGAGAUCAUAGAUGGCUCGGGGACCAUCAACCCUGCCGCGCUAAAUUCUGCUGCCUCGCAUCCUGGUGCUGCAGUUGCCCAAGCGAACACAAGCCCCCGUGGAAUCAAGCGAAGUCGCUCGCCAGAUCAGUAUGGCGAUGUCGGAGGAGAAGGCGAUCAUGAAGACGAUGAGCACAAUCGUCGCAAACGCGGCCGACCACCAAAGUACCCUCGUGCGCCCAACACCGCUACCCCUUCCGCUCCAUAUAUGACUAACCAGCAAAUAUCAGCCACACAUGGGCAAGUGCAAACCCCACGCAUGCAGCCGCACAAUAUUCCAAAUCAGAACCCGAUUUCCCCACCGCAAGCAUCACCGCCUCCGAAAACCACCCCUACCAAAACCCUGGUGAAAGCCUUACCGACAGUGCGUGAUCAUACCACAGACACACUGAAUGACGUUCAAGACGAAUACCUCCCCAAAGAAUGGGACGAUGCCGGUGAAAAAAAAGUCGAUCAGUUGGGUUAUCUUCAAGAUGCGCGCGAGUACAAGUGUCGUACUUUCCGCGUGCCGGGCCGUGGUGAAAAGCUGUUCAUGUUGGCAACCGAAUGUGCUCGUGUACUCGGAUAUCGCGAUUCCUAUCUCCUUUUCAACAAGAACAGAUCUUUAUAUAAGAUCAUCGCCAGUCAACCUGAGAAAGAUGACCUCAUACAACAAGAUAUCUUACCCUACUCUUAUCGCUCGCGUCAAAUAGCCAUCGUUACCGCAAGAUCAAUGUUCCGUCAGUUCGGCAGCCGUGUGAUCGUGAAUGGCAGACGUGUUCGUGACGAUUAUUGGGAGAGCAAGGCAAGGAAACAGGGCUUUACUGAGGAGGAUUUAGCUGGUGAGAAACGCCCUGGGGCGGCGAAAGCCCGGGAUGCUGCUGCUGCAGAAGCUGCCGCCAAUGCAGGCAUUCUUCCAGGAAUUAGUCAAAGCGACAUUGUUUACAGCAGUGCAAUUGAAGGCAUGCCGCAUCUCCCUCCCGGUAUGAACAGCCAAGCGGCGUCGUUGGCCCCUCUUCCUAUGAUACAUUUGGCGCCCACAACAGAUGAUCCACGACUUCGAGAGUAUAGCUCCAUGCCCCGUCCAAGACAAGAAUUGACUGGCCAAGCCUAUCAAGAUCGUUCUCAGACCACCAAUGCCGCGGAAAUCGCCAAUCAAGCGACCCACACAGCAGAGUUCAACAAGAUAUUAAACUCCCAGCGGGCAUUCAGGCAGAAAGGAUUAGAGGAAUUUUACACAACCCCACGAGAAGUCCCAACAUCGUCACCCGGUCAUAGCGAUGCUGGUGCACCAGUUUCCCAAGCCUUACAAUCUCCGCAAAUGGCAUCCUCCGCUGGAAUGAUGAAUCAAGUUCAUCAACAGCAUCGUGGUGUACUUGCUCAGCAGCCCCAAAUUAUGGCGCAGUCACAGGGUACUUAUGUGCAACAAGCACAACCGGGUCAUAUCGCCCAGUCACCACUCCCAAAUACUCCGCAGGGUAUGCGACCGGACGCAUUGCAUUCGCGGGCAACAAACCCAGCAUUAUCAGCUACAUCGCAGACACCCCAGUAUGGAUAUCAGUCACAACCGCAACAAAUGUGGGGUCAUCCUCCUCCACAACCACAGCCAUCUCUGUCCGCGUCUCCGCAUAUGGGAAUGCCUCAAUAUGCCACGCAAAUGCCCCAGCAGAGCCCAUCACCCCUACCACAUGGUCAACAACCGCACCCUUCACAAUCCCCACAUAAUCAAGCUCGGCCGACGCAAGCGAUUCCACAAGGCCUACAGAUGCCUCCACAGGUGCCACAAGGUAUGCCUGCAAUGGGCUACCAGGGGGUUGCAUUCACCAAUGUCGCCAACCCGAGAGCCAUGUAUGCACCAUCACAAAACCCUGGCCAGCAAUUCCUGCCGGGACAGGGUAUGGCUAUGGGUAUGGGGUCUGGUGUUGGAAUGCCAGGUUGGCCUUCACCAGCUGGCAUGCAGCCUGGACAACCGCAGCAAGGGCAGUCAGGAAGUCCCUUAGGUGGGGGAUGGUCAGGAUAUUGAUUUUCACAGCUUCCAAGCAUUGCGCUAUUCGGUUUCAGUCAUGAGUUUUACGCAAUGAGCA